UAGAAGUUGGAUAGCACUGUACUCCGAGGCUUGUAAUGGCGGACCAAGAAGAGAGAAAUGCGCUGCUAGACAAUGAAGAAGAAGAAGAAUCUGACGACGAAAUGUUUCAACUAGUAGUGCACGAAGAGAUUGCAGACUCGGAUGAGGAGGACGGAGAGGACGACGAGACAGGCGACGGUCGAGAAAGAGGAAAUGACGGAGAGAAGUUUGACCGCGCUCUACCAGCAACACACUCUUAUCUGGGUGAUGGAAUGGACGAACUGAGUGGACGGACGGUCUUGGAUUCAGAGAAGGAAAUCGAGUUACCUUUACUGCCCAUGUAUGGAGUUGUACUGAUGCCCGGAGAGACACUACCGCUACACCUUUUCAUGCCUCAAUUUGUUACAAUGAUGAAACGGUGUCUCGAAGGCAACAAGACGUUUGGGGUCUGUACGAUCAAAUCGGGCAGCGAUACGGACGAAUUCUCUGACGUUGGUACGACAGCAGAAAUUUUCUCGGUGAAGGAAGACACAAGCGGCGGUAUUCACACAAUGACUGUGAAGGCUACCGGUCGACAACGAUUCAAAAUUAUUUCCAAACGUAGACAGAGUGAUCGGGUGAUUAUAGCGACAGUUAGUGUGCUCGCUGAUGAGCCACUUGUCGCGCGGCCGGCUGUUGCGUUUGCGUGUCCGCGUGAGUUGAUGUUGGCACCAUGCGAACAAGUGGUGAACACUGGUGAGCGAGGAAAAGACGGUUGUGUUACAGUAUCGAAGGGUAAAGCAAAAAUGUUGCAGCAGCUACGUCGUGACCCUCCGUGUCUCAGCCCUUUACCAUCGUGGGUAUAUCGGAUGUUUGACCCAUUUAUUCUGACGCAUAGAGUGGCCAACGAGCUUCUCGCGUGGAGCCAGAAUAUGGUCAUUAAGCAUCAGUCUGACAAUCCAACCGAGUUCUCAUACUGGGUAGCAGCCAAUCUACCUCUAGAUGAUACAUUGAGGCUGGAACUGUUGAUGACGAACUCGGUCAUCUAUCGCCUUCAGAAAGAGUUGGAUGUUAUCAGUAAGUAUUCAUCGUUUUGCUGUCGUCAUUGUGAUGCUCCUAUUGGUCAUAAGGAUGAUGUAUUCAGCAUGUCGGUUGAUGGCGCAUUGGCAUCCUAUGUCAAUCCUGGAGGUUACGUUCACCAAACAUUAACACUGUACAAAGUCACUAACUUGUCGAUCAUCAGCAGACCCGUCACUCAAGACAGCUGGUUUCCAGGAUAUGCUUGGAGUAUUGCUCAGUGUUCACGCUGUCACAGUCACAUGGGCUGGAGAUUUACCUCAUCUCGUCACGGUUUGCGUCCUAGCAAGUUCUACGGCAUUACGAGAUCAUCAAUAAAACCGGCAAUAGUCCAACCACAAAAUGGCGACGAAGAAGGCGGAAAAUCUCGAAUGUGUAGACAGUCUUAAUUAACAAUUUAUACAUGCAACUACGCCGAUGAGUGCUUGAUGGACAUUGGUUGGUUGAAUUUGAAGUGAGUCGGCAUCAUACACGUCUAGUUCUGUACAAAGUGAUUUUAUUUCUUAUUGAUGUAGCAAGAGUAGCUCAUUUGUAUUGCCACAAUGUAUUGUAAUAGUCGAUGCUAGUUGAUGUCUGUAAGGAUUUUGUAUAACUAGUAAAUGAAGUUGUGUUUACACCGUCGCUUCAGAGCUA